AUGUUUGAAAAAAGAAUUUUGCUUCUUGGGUUAGAUAAUGCAGGUAAAACUUCAAUUUUAUUCUAAAUGAGAGACAAUCAGUUCAAGCAGACAGUGCCUACAAUAGGCCUGAAUAUUGAGUCAUUGACUCACAAGAGAUACAUGAUGACUUUAUGGGAUGUAGGAGGCUAAGCAACAAAGCUUUGGAAGCAUUACUUUGAUAAAAUAGAUGGGAUUGUGUUUGUGAUUGAUAGCACCGACGAAGAGAAAUUGCUUUUUGCCAGGGAUGAAUUUAACAGACUACUUCGUGAUGAAAGCCUCACUCUGAUUCCUUUUCUGAUCCUCUACAAUAAAAGUGAUAUGGCUGAAAAGAGUCGUAGUGUAGAGGAGCUUAAUGGCAGACUAGAUGUAGAAAAGGCUAGAAAGGAAAGAGAAAUAGCUGUGAAUAAAUGCUCAGCUUAGACUGGUGAAGGAAUCUGGGAAGGUAUCGAUUUACUGAUUGAAAUAUUUGAGCGAAGAAAAAACGGAGCACAUUUAUUCCCUGAUCUGGCUAAUUAAAGUCAGUAAUAAGAAGAUAAAUCAAUAAGUAAAAGCUUGGGAAUGAUAAAAUCAAGUGUGGCCUAAGAUUCUGAGAAUGGGGGCAUCUCUGUCAAGGAGACAAAAAUGAGUACUGGCAGAGAUAAUGUAAAGGAGUAAUGA